AUGCAGGGGCCACCGAGCGGCUCACUUCGCUUCCUGCGCCGCCAGCCGCACGCGAAAAUCCCCGCUCCGAAGCAGCUCUCGAUGGCGUCGGCGUCAAGACGGCGCGGCAGUCUCGGCGACCGCCGCGGCUUCUUCCGCCUGUGCGGCUCGCCCAUCCGCACACACAAGAUGGAGCUCGACUACGUCCACGGCAAGGCGCACUCGCCCACGCAGCUCCGGCCCGCCGAGCCGGCCGACGUCGACACGCCGCUCAUGCAGCGCCGCCCCGGCAAGAAGGUCCUCAAGCAGAAGCAGCGCCACGCCGAGGCGGACGCCGCCAUGGCGGCGCUGGCCCGCCAGCUCGGCCAGGAGGGCGGCGGAUACUACGACAGCCCGCGCGCCGGUCUGUACGGCCUGGGCAGGAGCCCCGUGGGCGUCGACAGCGACGCGCCCAUGUCCUGCAUGGCCGACGAGGGCAGCAACAACUCCAUGAGGCUGGAGGGCGCGCGGCAGGCGGGCAUCCCGCUGUACCUGUCGGACUGGUUCGACCCCAACAAGGCCUCGACCCAGCGUCGCCGCCAGACGAACGUCGUCAUGACGAGAGAGGAGCCCGAGUCCGAGUCAUCGGCGCUCAGCAACUGCUCCGACGCCAAGGACAACAGUCAGUUCCUCAAGCCCCACCAAAACGUCGACAUGGCCGACGUGGUCAUCGGCCGCGUGAUCGGCGAAGGCGCGUUCGGCAAGGUGUUCAAGGCCUCGUGGAAGGGUCGAGACGUGGCCGUCAAGGUGCUCAUCCGCCAGAACCUGAGCGCCGACGUCGUGCGGGAGUUCGAGACGGAGGUCAAGAUCAUGAGCUUCCUGCACCACCCCAACAUCUGCAUGCUGCUUGGGGCAUGUCUGGCCCCAGAGAACCGAGCUCUCGUGAUCGAGCUCGUGGAGCAAGGCUCUCUCUGGGCGGUGUUGCGGACAAGACGGCGGCAGCUCACGGACGAGAUGCGCGCUCGCUUCGUGCUCGAUACGGCGCGUGGCAUGAGCUACCUGCAUCACUUCGAGCUUCCGAUCCUGCAUCGCGACAUGAAGAGCCCCAACCUGCUCGUGGAGCGCGACUUCUCCAUCAAGAUCUCGGACUUUGGUCUCUCGCGCGUCAAGGCGCAGAUCCAGACCAUGACCGGCAACUGCGGCACUGUGCAGUGGAUGGCUCCCGAGGUGCUGGGCAACCGCAAGUACACGGAGAAGGCGGACGUCUUCUCGUUCGGCAUCGUAGUGUGGGAGAUCUUCACGGGCCAGUGCCCGUACGACGGCAUGACGCAGAUCCAGGUGGCGCUGGGCGUGCUCAACCACGACCUGCGCCCGCCGAUUCCGCGCUCGUGCCCGCGCUUCUUCGCGCGGCUCAUCCGGUCCUGCUGGAUGCGCGAGCCCAGCCUGCGCCCGUCCUUCUCGGAGCUCGUGCGCACCUUCGAGCAGCAAGACAUGAACCACGCCACUGGUACGAAGAACAAACGCAAAAACCGCCGUCGAAACGCGCCGGAGGGCGCUCAGGGUCGGAACGGAGGCGCUCGCGGUGUCUUCCGGUGCCACCCGCGUCUGGCCUUCAGUGCAGUCGCCGACACUUGGGUGCGCUUCUCGGCGGAUCCGCCCGUCUACACUGCUUGGCUGGAGUCUGCUUGGGUGGGUGGACUGAUCCGCGGCCUGCCUUCCUGCCCCGACGCUCUCGGAGGGGGCGCCUACGUGCACGUCGCAAGGGAGGACGGUCACACUUCCCGACACGCCAUGGACGCCAAGCGCGACGAGCUGCUGCGCCUGGUGGCCGCGCUUAGCGGCGCCUGCAAGCAGGACAAGAACGUGCUGAAGGACGGCGAGCUCGUGGACGCGCUCGAGACGUACGGCCGCCAGAUCGCGCGGCUGCGCAAGCAGCAGAAGAAGCUCAAGAAGGCCCAGCAGAAGCCUGCGCCCCACGGAGGCGACAAGACGGCCAAGAAGCUCAAGGAGCAGCUGCGCGCUGGCGAGUGCAAGGCCGCGGAGGGCGUCCCCAAGCGCCGCAAGCUCUCGCUCGAUGCCGAGACCAAAUGCAGCAAGAUGGACCCGCUCGACUACAGCCACGACCUGAGCGUCUCGUGCCUCUUCCCGUCCAUCGAGCGCCAGCACAAGCCCAAGCGGGAGUCCAUGGGCGAGUGGAUCUCGUCCCUGCAGAGCCCCAACAAGAAGGCGGACGUCGCCUACUACCGACCCACGACCCCCACGACUGUGGCCGUGGCCGUCGAGGUGACCGAGGAGGCGGUCAUGGUGAACCCUCUCAAGACGUACCAGUACAGCCACGCGCGGCGCUCCGUGUCCCCGCAGCUCAAGACCCCGCGUGCUGUGCGCGCCGCCUCGCCCUACAAGCAGAUGGAUCGCGCAGUCUCCCCGAGCACGGUGGAUCUCUCGGCCUCGUCGACGUCCACUAUGGCGUCGUACUACGACGACAUGUACGACGAGUAUGCCCUCUCUCCCGAGAGGAUGCGGCGCUACACGCGCUCAGCCUCGGACCGCACGCCAUCCUUCGAGUCGAUGGACUGGACUCCGUCAGAUGACGAGAGUGGCGACGAAGCCAUGCAGUUCCGUAGUAUUGCAGAUGAAGUGGAGCAGAGGUCCCCUGUGUCGAGACUGGUGACCCACCACGCCCCCGACUCUCGUCUGAACGUCGAGGAGCUGCACUCGGAGAGUGGCAAUGAAGAGUACUAUUCAGCAGAGGAGGGAGAGCCCACCGCCGAGUCGUCCUCGCGCGUGGCAGCCAUGCCCCUUGCGGCCAGCUCGACGGAAGUGGUCAUGGAGGUGCUGUACGGCAUCAUGGAGCACAACGAGAACUUUAAGUGGCUGAUAGACCCGGUGAACCAGGCUCGCGUGGCCAAGCUGGUCGAGUAUCACUUGAAGGAACAGCAGAACGGAGCCGUGCAGUGCUGUGAAGACGAGCAGUUCAUCAACGAGCUCCGCGCUCAAGUGGACGAGUUGAUCCAUGAGAACCUGAAGAUCAAGACGGAGAAUGUCCGACUCAUGGGUUCUCAGUCCGCAGCUGUGGACAAGACCGUAGAGGAGCUGAAGAAGCGCCUUGCCUUAAGCGAGGAGGCUGCUAGUAUGCAGGAAGGGUACCGUCGCGAAGCCGAGGCGGCCUUCCAGAGCGAGCUAGAGAGCAAGUCCAAGCUGGUGUCAAGCCUGCAGCACGACCUUCAAGAGAAGGACCUGCAGAUCGCCAAGCUUCUGGAGAACGGCGCCGAGUUGCCCACAAGCAGCGACGCCACCCCUGAUUCGGAGGUGGCGAGACUCAGGAACACAGUCACGGCGAAGGACCGCGAGAUCUGCCGUCUCAACUUCCAGCUGUCGACGAAGCAGAAGCUCGUCGAUGAGAUCGCCAAGAAGGUCGUGCAGCAGCUGGAGACCUCGACGUCUUCGGGUGCAACCGUGGCUUCGCUCGUCAAUGACCUCCACCUCGACAUGGACAUGUUCCUGUUCAAGAGCGUGGCGGAGAAGCAGGAGACGAUUGAUGAACUCAAGGCAGCUCUUAUGUCCAUGGAGCGCGAAGUAGGCGGUCUGGAGGCCCGGGUGGCCAAGAAGGCGCGCGAGACGCUGCUGCUCAAGACCAAGUUCAAGUCCAUGUCUUCGCGCCUGACUGAGGCCAACGUGAAUAUGUCGCGCCUUCAAAGCGAGAACGACCACCUCGUGGCGUCGUUGAAGGAGAAGCAGGGCAAGAUGCGCGACCUCAUCGAGUUCUUGGAGAACAAGGAGAAGCAGGUCAUGCACUUGGAGGAGCAGGUGAACCUGCGCCAGACCCAGCUUGAACACGUCAUGACGGAGUUCGAGCAGAUGCAGCGCCAGCAGAGCAGCAAGAAGAGUACGAGCAGCCGUGGGCCAGCUCACCGCAAGACAGUUGUGCAUGCGCAGUAAGCUGGCCGGCUGAUCACAUGGACAAGCCCAAGGGCUCUAUCACCUUUCGCUUAGCUCGCUCCUGCCCCGCUGCUUCUCCCUACCCAAUGACGCCCCAAGAAAAAUGCCAGAAGACGAGGUGCUCCUCCCACCCAUUCAAGACAAACAUGCAAUCGCCAUCGCCACCAUACAUCGACCCAAGCAAGAGACAGCAUCAUCAGAAACAUUGCCAACGAUCAAGAUUCAUGACAGACAAGACCCCGACGCCGACCGAUUCGACAUCGACCAUUUUUUUCUACACUAUUAUUGAUAAGUUAUACGAUAGGGAGAGCAGCGAACGGCUUGAGCCUGCCUGCAAGAAAGAGCGCACAGUGCUAUGAGCGUUCGCUUGUCUAUAGAGAGCCAGCCAAGCCUGCAUGUUAGCGUGACGUUCCAAA